GAGCGUGCGAGAGAGAGACACACACAGACAGACGGAAAACACCGUGUUAAGAAAAAAAAAAUGAUGCUUUUAAAUUUGUUUUACAAAAAGAAAAAUUAAAAAAUGAAUUAACAAACAGAAGGGGGUUUUCAGAGAGCCGGCUCAGAAAAGAAGGAGGAAGAGUUUCUUUAAUUCGCUUCUGUGUUGCUCCCGAGACAAACGUGGACGCUGAAGAAUUUGUAUUCGACAGACUUUCUUUUCGCUGGAAAGAUCUGAAGACAUGCUAAAACUACAUCUUCUGCUCAUCUCGUUUAUCACCUAAAAAUAAAAUCUCAAAAUGAACGAGAGCAGCUCUUCUACCAACGAGUCUGGCAACCAGUACCCCGAGGUGCGGCUGUGCGCGUCCAUGAUAUCCUUCAUCCUCCUCGCAUUCUUCAACCUGGUCAUCAACUUCACCAUUGUGAGCGAGGAGCGGCUCCGCACCCAGGCUAGGUUCGUCCUCAUAUUCCACCUGCUUUUUUCCGGCUUGGUCUAUUUCGGCCUGAGCAGUGCCUUCUACCUGCAGAGCUACAUGCGCUUCCAAAUAUCCAAGGCCUCCUGUUUGACCCUCAUCACCAUCCUCAUGACCAGCGCUUCCAACAUCCUGCUGACCCUCACCGCCAUGGCGCUGGACCGCUACAGCGCGAUCUGCUUCCCGCUCAAGUACAGUGCCCUGUGCGGAAAGCACCGGCCCUGGCUACUGGGAGCGGUGACCUGGCUCCUGGCACUGCUUAUCCCGCUAUACCUGGUGACCCAGGACAGAGAACCAGACGAUCAAGCAAGAUGCACACGAGCCCAAAUGAAAGACGGGCAGCUUUUAAAGAUUUUACUAAUCUCCUGUUGCACUUGUUUGAUUGUAUACAGCUACGUGAAGAUCCUUCUUGAAGGCAGACGAAUCGGAGUUCUGAACAGACGCAACCGGAUUGGGAGAAAAACUAUUCUGAUGCACGGGGUGCAGCUGGCUGUCUAUAUCCUCCCAAACUUUGUCCUUUAUGUUAUCUUUCUGUUGGCCCGUGCCGGGUAUUUGGACAGUAAGACCAGAGACUUGUUCGGGGAGGUCAAUUUUGCCUUUUUCAGCCUUGCCCAGUGCAUCAGUCCUGUGAUCUACGGACUGCGCAAGGAGGAGCUACUGGAAGAGCUUUAUCACAAGUUUCCCUGCCUGUCCUGUAACCUCAAGGGGUUUUUGGAGUGGAUGGCUCGCACCGCUAGUUUGAGACACUGUUUUCAUAUCAGGUGACGGACAAGGGCAUUCUUUUGACAAGGAUUGCCGGCUCGGGACGGAUAUAUUGAAUAUUCAAACUGCACAGAGAAGAUGAACUAAGAAAAUAAGUAGUGUCUUCUCCAAAUGCUAUCAAAAAGAUUUCAUGUAAAGCGAAAUAUGGAAUUAUUGGAAUAUAAAAAAACAUAUUUGAUAUUAAAAAUGGAUUUAAAUAUUUUUGAUUUUAUGGGCUUGAAAAAAACUGGCUGUAAACAAACUGGAGUGCCAACAAGUCUUGCCUCACACACGAGGAUAUAUUAUGGAAGAAUGCAAUAAACAAUAAGCAAGGGAUUUCAUUUUCUAUAAACUCAAACGUGGGGGAGAAUGAAGUGUUCAACGGGAUUGCAUCACAAAUACUUUCAAAACGUUUUGAUGACUUUGAGAACAAUUCAGAAACCUUGGCGUGGAUUCUGUGAAUUGCAUUUCAAAUGGUUUGAAUAAUAAACCUGAAUUAUAACCUAGAUUUUCAGUUUUAUCAGCAUUUAUUUCUAAUUAUUUCCAGUAUUUAUCUUAGGUCCAGUGCAGCUUUAUUCAGAACUAUAAAACACUAAUUUAGAAACUUAGUAAAACGUUGUGUCUGAAAGUCAUUUUUUUAAAUGUGUUCAAUACAAGUAUAGACGCAGACAUUGAAAAAUACUUUUUCAUUAUAAAAGUUUUUUUUUAAAAUAUGCCUUACCAUAACUCUAUUCUUCACUAUGCUUUACCAUGCUUUCACUGGGCUUUAUAAAACUUUGCUGUGCGUUUACUAUGGUGAACUUUUAUAAGGGUUAGUUUACCAUGGUUUGUUUUUUUAAUAUACUUUACCAUACCUCUCUGUGCUUUACCACACCUCUCUGUGCUUUACCAUAACUCUCUGUGCUUUACCAGACCUCUCUGUGCUUUACAAUGCUCCCCUAUGCCUUACCAGACCUCUCUGUGCUUUACAAUGCUUCCCUGUGCUUUACCAGACCUCUCUGUGCUUUACAAUGCUUCCCUAUGCUUUACCAGACCUCUCUGUGCUUCACAAUGCUUCCCUAUGCUUUACCAGACCUCUCCAUGCUUUACAAUGCUUCCCUAUGCUUUACCAGACCUCUCUGUGCUUUACAAUGCUUCCCUAUGCUUUACCAGACCUCUCUGUGCUUUACAAUGCUUGUCUAUGCUUUACCACACCUCCCUGUGCUUUACAAUGCUUCCCUAUGCUUUACCAGACCUCUCUGUGCUUUACAAUGCUUCCCUAUGCUUUACCAGACCUCUCUGUGCUUUACAAUGCUUCCCUAUGCUUUACCAGACCUCUCUGUGCUUUACAAUGCUUCCCUAUGCUUUACCAGACCUCUCUGUGCUUUACAAUGCUUCCCUAUGCUUUACCAGACCUCUCUGUGCUUUACAAUGCUUCCCUAUGCUUUACCAGACCUCUCUGUGCUUUACAAUGCUUCCCUAUGCUUUACCACACCUCUCUGUGCUUUACAAUGCUUCCCUGUGCUUUACCAUCCCUCUCUAUGAUGUGAUCAGGAAUUAGAGUAAACGUCUUAAUGACUACGCUGAAAUGCUUUUUAAAAGCUGCACUUCUUUGAUAGCGCAUGUAUUAUACAUUGUUCCUCACUAUCUUGUAAAGCGUUUUGUGAUGGUGGUCCACUAUGAAAGGCGCUAUAUAAAAUAAAUAUUGAUUGAUUGAU